CUGUCAAAAAUCGUGGGCAGAAAAGCACAAACGCUGUACGGAACGUUCUGGGAAUUAAUGUUCGUCAGUUUGUAGCGGCUCCGGCAUAUUCAAAACAGUGCGUGAUUGCGUGAAUAUUUGGAUCAUUAAAUCGUCAUGGAAGACGGCAAAGAAGAGCACCAGUUCGUUGUGGACGAUGUGAGCAAGAUCAUCAAGGAAGCGAUCGAGACUACGAUCGGGGGGAAUGCAUAUCAGCAUGAUAAAGUCAACAAUUGGACCGGAUCGGUGGUGGAGAGCUGCCUUAGCGUGCUAACAAAGCUACAGAAGCCUUAUAAAUACAUAGUAACGUGCAUGAUAAUGCAAAAGAAUGGUGCUGGACUGCACACGGCAAGUUCUUGCUACUGGAACAACGAAACGGACGGUUCCUGCACGGUGCGCUGGGAAAACAAGACGAUGUACUGCAUCGUAUCGGUGUUUGGACUUUCGAUCUAAAAGCAAUGCA